GCUGGAGCAGAUGAGGCGACACUUGAAAGAAGAAAGAUUAGCUCGAGCUAAGGCUGACCAGCGGGUUAUAAAGCUGAUGCUAGAGAAUCGCAGGCUGGAAGAGACUGUUGCCCAGCUUCAGAAGGUCCAGCAGCCCUACACCAGCCCACUAGAGGACGCCAGUUUCCUGGAGAGUAUUGAGACUUCCUUCAAGCAGUUCCACGCCUUCAUUGAUAUGCUGAGGGAGGCGGGACUAGGUCAGCUUGUGUCUAUGGCCGGACUUGACCAAUCACGCAUGCCCUUCAACGGGAACUCAACCAAGCAGAACGGCCACGCCCAAGAGGACAAGCCAGGAAGACCCGCCCCCACCCGACCUAUGACCUCUUCACCCAACGCUGUCUACGCUAACGUUCCCAUGACUGACGGAGACUUCCGGACUGGUUUCAAGAUGGCGGACGAUGCCUUGUUCCCCAACGCUAAAGACCCCACGAUGCAGUCUAACAUGUACACUGAAGAGAGCGAACUAGCCAAACAAGAAGCAGACGAGCUCUACACCAGGCUGGUGAGGGAGACAAGGUCAGCACUCAGUCAUGAUGGACAGACAAGGGAGAGAACUUGGGCCAAGUCAACUAAUGGUCACAAAGGGGAGGUCACUUCAAAAACACACCACCAGCCCCCAGAUGACCAGCCCACUAGGACUGACCAAGUAGACAGUGGUCACCUGAGGACUGACCAAGUGGACAGUGGUCACUUGAGACUGCAGGAAUCUGACCUGUAUGAUGAGCAGCCCUCCUACUUGAUGGGUUCCAGACAGAAUGGGGAGUCUUCUGGGAGGAUUUCUAAUGAGGAUCAUGACGAGGAUGAUGAAGAUGAUGAUGAUGAUGAUUUUUAGCUCUAAUUAAUGUCUAAUUGUAUCCAUAGAUAGUGUAUGU